GCCCACCUCCUCCCCGGCUAGGCCAUGUCCCAGCCUGGGACACACAGGAGGAGGAGGCCUGGGACUCCGGGGCCUCCAGUGCGCAGCAUCCGGCCGUUUAAGUCCAGCGAGCAUUACCUGGAGGCCAUGAAGGAGGACCUGGCCGAGUGGCUUCGGGAUCUCUACGGGCUGGACAUCGACACGGCCAACUUCCUGCAGGUGCUGGAGACGGGCCUGGUGCUGUGCCGGCAUGCCAAUGCCAUCACUGAGGCCGCCCUGGCCUUCCUGGCAGAGGCACCUGCCCGAGCCCAAAGGAUUCCCUUGCCUCGGAUGGGGGUUUCCUGCAAUGGGGCCGCCCAGCCGGGCACCUUCCAGGCCCGGGACAAUGUCUCCAACUUCAUCCAGUGGUGUCGCAAGGAGAUGGGCAUCCAAGAGGUGCUGAUGUUCGAGACGGAGGACUUGGUGCUGCGCAAGAACGUGAAGAACGUGGUGCUGUGCCUGCUGGAGCUGGGCCGCCGGGCCUGGCGCUUCGGCGUCGCGGCGCCCACCCUGGUGCAGCUGGAGGAGGAGAUCGACGAGGAGUUGCGGCUGGAGCUGGCCUUGCCCCCGCCGGAUCCCCCGCCGCCCGAGAGCCCCACGCGCAGGUCUUGCCACUUCCGCAACCUGGACCAGAUGGUUCAGAGCCUGGUGAGCCACUGUACAUGCCCAGUUCAGUUCUCCAUGGUCAAAGUGUCAGAGGGGAAGUACCGCGUGGGAGACUCCAACACCCUCAUCUUCAUCCGGAUCCUCCGGAACCACGUGAUGGUGCGUGUGGGGGGCGGCUGGGACACACUUGGUCACUAUCUGGACAAACAUGACCCCUGCCGAUGCACAUCCCUCUCACACAAGACAGGCAGCUUUCUGAAGCCCCCUACCCCAUCGGUGCAGCACGAAGUGAGGGUGCAGGACGGGCCCUCGCAGCCCCAGCCUAUGAUGACCAUCAGCCGCUCCCAGAGCCCACUGCCCUCCGUGGACUGGAAGACAUACACUUCUUCAGGCCGAAAGCUGAGGCCCACCGCCUCCUCCUUCUCCAGACCCCACCCUGGAUGGAGAGCAGGGCCAGGGAUCCUAAGAGAGACAGCACCGUUCCUGAGGCACCAGGAGAAGUCGCUCACCCCAUCUCGGAGUCAGCUGCGAGCUGGGGACAGCCCACCCAGCCCCCAAUCCUUACCCACCCAUAGGGGCCAAGACCUACACACCUCCUUGGAGAAGAGAGACAACAGAUACCCCCCUGAGCUCCCCAGGGGAAGGACUCCCAUAUCUUGGGUUCAUGAGGAGACAGAUAGGCGGAGAACUCAUGCCAGGACCCCCACCACCCAGAGACUCCGAGCCCCUGAGGCCACUGCCAAAGGGACACCAGCAAGAGGACCAUCUCCCCUGCCUUGUUCCUCCAGCCCAGUCAAGCCCAUGGGUGCCAGGCCACCACCCUGGGGUGAGGCUGAGGAGGGUUCCUCUCAGCUCAGGGAGCCAGCAUCUGUCCGUUCUUCAACCCCUGUUAAAGGACCCACCAAGAUCCCAGUCCGGCAGCCCCCAGCUCUUCCCCCAACUCCAGGAAGAAGCUUUCCAGGUACUGCAAGUGGAAGUCCCACGACGGAACUGCAGAGAGGCCCCAUUCCAUUAAGGGCCAUCACUGGGGACCUGUCUGGGUCCAGACAUGAGGACUGCUCUGUGGAAGAGAGGCAAGGGGACCAUAAGCUGGAUAUUCCGGUGACAGCAGGGGCUGGAGAGCUCUGGAGACCGGGCCCACAGCAUCAGGAGGGGAGGUACACUCCCCUGCUCCCAGGUGGGACCAAGGACCAAGCCAUCUACCAUAGACUUGAGGAAGAGCUUUUGGCUGACAUGAAGCUGUUAGAGGUGGGGGGUACCCACCCCCAGGGCACAGGAUCUGGGGUCAUUCCUCGUAGUGGAGUCUAUGUCCCCAGCCUGGGUGGGCGGUGGCCUGAGCCUGGGGGUCCUUAUGACAAAGUCAUCCAACAACUGGCUCAGGGCCCCCCACCCCUCCUUAAAGUGGACCUGGGAGCCUGGAAGGCAGCCCCUACAGGCUCCCAUAAGCUGGCUGUAACUGCAGGCCCAGGAAGCCCAAAAGGGAAUCUUGGAGACAGAGAAAAUGGGUGGAGGACAAAGGCAAAUCUGAGUGCCAAGGGCACCAGGACAAGGGAGGUCCCAGAUCAGUCGGGGCAGGACUGCUCAGCCCCCACUGUGUCUGCCAGCCCAGAGUCCACCACACCUUCACCCUCCAAUCCCAGUUCUGAUAAAGCCAAGGCAUGUCCAGGCAGGGGCAAGAGAACACUCCGUAAGCCCCAGAGAGUCCCAUCCAUCUACAAGCUGAAGCUGAGGCCCAAGAUCCGGCCCCGGAGAGACCACAGGCCUGGGAAGCAGCCUUCACGAAUCCCCAAGCCACUGACCUACCUCCACCUGGGUCCCACCAGGGUACCCCCCAGGGGCAGGCUGGUUCGAACAGCACCAGGCAGCAAGGGAGAGGAGGCAGCCCUGGUGGAUGGAGCCCCAGUGGGGGAGAAGGAAGAAGGAAAGGAGAAGAGCGAGCCAGUCACCCCACUGGAGAGCAGCUCCCAGCCUUUGGAGGACCAGGGGCCUCAGCAGCCUGAUCAAGCUCCCUUCUCACCUGAGGAUGAGUCUUGGGUCUGAGAAGGGGCUUUUCCUCCCUGAGCCUGUGGGUGUGGGGGAGGAGAGAAGAGAUGCCCAUGUAACCAUUGCACUCCCAACUGCAGGAACAAAAGGGAAGCUCCCUCACCUCAGUACAGGGCUUUGGCCUGGUUAGUUUAGAAUACAAAUAGUAUUGACUCAAAUUGCUCAGCUGAGCACAAAUCUCACCUCAACCCCAGGGUGGUGGGGCUACCCUCCCCCAGAACAGCUCCCCAAACUCCUGUUCUCUGGCCAUGCCCACCAUUUCCACAACUCUUAGAAGAUAUUAAACACAGGUGGGUCUUUCCCUGAGUCCCCAGCUCUUCGCUCUAGGAUUGUGGUGGUGCAGGAAGGUUUAGCCACAAAUGUUUUCCCACUGGAGGGCAA